GUUUUGACAUUAGCGCAAGAACCAACUAACGGAGAAAGAUCACGUUUCACCGCUUGCUUUGAGCAAAGCAGGAACGAAAAAGAAAAUCUCAAAAUUGUCACUGCCUGUUUGAAGACAAGCAAAACAGACCUGAUAAGAUCUUGAAACUCCCUCACAUGAACCAGAAACGAAGCUCAUCAAGACGAGCAUCGCAAGAGCAAAACAUCAAAAAUUUCCAUUUUCUCCACAAAACAAGAUCGAGACACUGCAGGAUGACGCAGCUUGUAAAACAAGAAGAUCACUAAAAAUUCUGAAAAAAUUCGGCCCUAUUCGUUGUCCAACAAAUUGCUUACGGGGGACUAAGUGGGGCUCAGGGGUUGUUAUCUCUUUUGCAAAAAACGACGAGUUUGAGUUGUAUUUGAUGAGAGAAAAGCAACUAGGAGAACGAAAAGGAGCUAGCUACGGAAAAAGAAAUUAUUUCAUAAAAAAGGGGGCAAUAAAGUAGACGAGAGAAAAUGUUGUUGCUAGUUCGCUUCUAACCAACUACAACUAGCAUGCUGGUAGGCUAAUAUGGUAUGGAAGUGUAGUUCUAUAAGAUUUGAAACCUUGACCUAACACUAAGAACAAACCAAAACUUCGACUUCCUGUGCUAGUUCUUGGUUCAUCUUUUCCUAAAUGAAAAAAAUGCCGGUUACUUGUAUGGUUGAAAAUAUCGAAGGCGAUGGUGGUCGCUUGAAUUGGUGCUAUUUCCGACCAGCACCUCCAUCUGUAGACGACGACUAUAAGGACGAGCACAAUACGACAUCAGAGAAAGAGAAGCCAUGGCUAAUCUUUUUCCCCGGCGACAUCUCCGAUUUCCUGAUGGCAGGCGCUACUCGAGUAGACUGUCCCGAAGAUGGCGUUCCAACGAUCGAUAGUCAUUGGCUCCUCACAACAGGUCUACCCUGCUCUCUAGAUGACAUUUUCUGGCUUCUCUGCGCGCGCUUUCCAGACCGAACGAUCCUAAUGAUCAGGCCGUUUGAGUUGUGCGGUUUGAGCGCCGUGUAUUCCAAUUUUGCUUUGGUAGAUGCGAAGCAUGGAGAACCUAAAGUGAGGCUGAGCCAUGCGGCUUUGGCGAAGAUGAGAGAGGAUGAAGAGAAGCCAUUUUCAUCCGGUGGAGAUCCUACUGUACAUCCGCAUCUAGAACACACUGAAGUUCCACUACUCCUUUCACAAGAGUCUUCUAGCUCUUCGGCAUCGUCUUCUUCAGCAUCAAGCUCAUCCCCGUCAAGUACUUCAACGCAGUCAUCGCAGAAGGAAGCAAAGGCAGGUGGUACAAGUAGUAAUUAUACGACGUUGCACAAUUAUGGGAUGAAGAAGAUGAACAAGAAAAAGGCAAGCUCUUCUAGCCAGUUGCCGAGGACGCAAAGCAAGGAACAUCAACAGACGAUAAAAAGUGCUGCGGGAGUAAAUAAGAAGGGGACACGAAGUAAGUGUAAAACUAGCAGACAAGGAGAAGCUGCUACUGCUAGUACCUCUCCAACAGCAAUGGAGAUAAAGACCCGACGACCGCGUUUCAGUGAGAAGAAAUUGGAGCAGACUCGCCAAUUACUGCUAGAAGCGCCCAACGCCUGCGAGCAUUUGUGGAAGAUCAUAAAGAAUGUACAACAGCGACAUCAAAUGCAUACGACGAAGACUACAUCUACUACGAUCUUUACGACUCUCAUGCCAACUCUUGCUCUUUGCGGUUUCUCGAAAGGCCAUUUAGUCUUGAACGCGCUUCUCCUGCACGAAGGUGAGCAUCGCCUGUGGAACAUGGUCCAAGAGGUACACUAUCUAGACGCUGGCAAGGCAGAAGUGGUCGACACUUAUCCUAGUGCGGUGGUUUUGGAACGAUUUUUGUUGGGUAUGCAUAGAAGGCGAAAGCGGGCACUACAGCAGAAAGAACAACAGCUGCAACUACAGAUCGACAAGGAAUCAUCCACAGAAGAAGAACCAGUUGCGGAGCCGAAGAAGAGAGAGCCUUUCGCACAAGCCUAUUGGCCUCUUCUACCACCUCUUGUGGUACCACAUAUUUUCCUUCACGCAACUCCACGUCAGCUGUCCGACCCAGACGAACCAGGAAUGCGAGCUCAGUGGGAACAGUGCGAAGUCGACUGCAAAGAGCUGAAUUUUCCAUGUACGAGAAGAGAAUACUUCAAGGAAUGGGAUUCGCCUCAACUCCAUGAAGAUCCGAGUCAGAAAAAUAACGCAAUGAAAAUCCAUUUCAAAGUGUUGGAGGAGUUUGUGGUGCUGGCUGGAGAAGCAGAGGGAGCGGACAAGGACAAGAUAGAAAGCACAAUCUCAACUACAAGUACAACAGAAGAAUGUGAACAGGAGCAGGUGGCUGGAGAAGAAUACAAAGCGGGUGGAGGCGGGGUGAAGAGUCGAAAUAAGAUAGAAUUGUGGAGCCUCGUCGGAAAUCCACCCUUGAAGGUUGACGCAAUGGAGGAUAUCUGAAAAAGAACGUCUAUCACAUAGAAGAUUGAUAAAUUUGCAUAGAUAAUCCAGCGAUGACGACUACCACAGAGACUGUGAAACAACAAGCCUCCUAAUACGGAACCAGCAUCCACAUACUUUGAGUUUGACUUUUGCGAUUGGUCAACAACAUACAUAAGGGGUACCCUUCUAACCCUAAGGGAGCAUACUUUGUUUCCAACUUUAUAAAGUCUUUUUUACAAAAAUAGCAUGGACAUACUUGUUCUUGAGUAUGGACAUACUUGUUCUUGAGUAUGGACAUACUUGUUCUUGAAUAUGGACAUACUUGUUCUUGACCUCCACAAUGAGUUUUUACAAUGAUCGAAGAUCAAACCAUUCCAAACUUUUCACGUCUUCAUCAUCAAACGAUUGAAAAGAAGCCGAAACACAAAGAGGAC